AUGCAACUGGAGGUUCACCACCAUCCAUAUGUAAAGGAGCUGUUGACACGAUACAAUGUGGCUAUGGAUAGCAACCUCGGUUUUUUCGACAGGGCAUUUAAGGAUAUUGCCAUAAGUGAUUACGAGAAUGUCUUACAGACUCAGAGUAUUGAACCUGAAACCAUCGCAAAGAACCUUGGUAAAGUUGUUCAUAGUACCGAGAAGUUCUUGGACUACAUUAAAAGGACACGCCGCUAUAAUCGUACCUACAGCUUACAGGCGACGUGGGCUUCCUCGUGCACGCAUGACCCAGAAGUUUGCGCAGUGGUUCUCGUAGGCAUUGCACCUAUGUUGUAUGCAGGCCUGCGUUGUUUGAUUGAUGCGGCUGCAGAUGCAUUUAUGGAAGGACCGGCUUCUAUUCAGGAGCACAGUUUGAUAAGUGUUUUGGAAACUCUGGGUUACGAGGGGCAACCAAAGCGUGGUAAGGUGCGUAGUUCAGAUAUACGCAGUGCGUUGAGCGAUGUGAACAAAGAUGUAUUGAACGUGCUCUACGACCUCGCUGGCUUCUGGGCUUUCUACUGA